UCUCGAGGCUUCCAGAAUUUACACAUUCUGCUCUGCUGACAUUCAUCAUCUCACUUUUCACGUACGCGCACAAGGCCAAGGCGUUUUCAAAACUUAACAUCGUGAUUUCACAAGUUGGCGUUUUUACUUAAACUGUAGUAGAAACCAUGUCGCAAAGUAGCAUUGAAAAUCUCACUUCGGAUCUGGAGGAACUCCGUCGACUGGCCGAGAGUGCAACCCGAAUCCGGGUACAGCAAAUGCUGUCCAUUGACAUUCGCAAACUGGAAACCGAUCUAGAACAACAGAAAAAUGCUUUGGCAAGCAAGGAAUCACAGUCACCGGCAUCGUCUAAACCUCCGGCUUCUGUACCAGGAGAUUGUAAACGCUAUCGUGUCGAGCUUAAGGAGUACGCAUGGGAUCAAAGUGAUAAGUUUAUCAAAAUAUUUGUCACGGUCAACGAUGUCCAGCAGGUUCCGGAGGAGAAUGUCAAUGUCGAGUUUACUGAGAACUCAUUCAACCUACUUAUUGGUAACCUUAAUAACAAGGAUUACACAUUUGUUGUAAACCAUCUGCUGAACAACAUCGAUCCGAGCAAGAGCUACCGAAAGGUGAAGUCUGACAUGGUUGCUAUAUAUCUGGCGAAACAGAAGCCCACCAAGUGGGCCCACCUCACACUGACAGCCAAGCGCCUGCAGGACAUGAAAGACGAACGGGUGUCGAAAAAUGCGAAAGAAUCCAGCGACGAUCCGUCCAAUGGGCUAAUGAAAAUGAUGCAGCAGCUGUACGACAGCGGUGAUCCGGAGACGAAACGCAUGAUAAACAAGGCAUGGCACGAAUCGCAGAACAAGAAAAGCGAACUGCAAGGGGCCGCGUAUGUUGAGUAGAUGGAACCAGCUGGCAUUUAUCACACAAACGAUUUAAUGUUAGUUCGUAGAUUAGGCUUAUGAAGUUCGAUUCACUUAUGUCGAAUUCGUUUUUGCGGUGCAAAAAUUGUUCAUUUUUGGUCUUCGAAUUGCAAAAAGUGUAGCACGCGAAUGAAGCAGAGGGUAGUUCAGAAACACCAACGAUAAAUAUAAAAGUUAUCAAAUGCCAUAACAAAAGAAGAGCUACGCGCAUUAAUGUAAUUUCAGUUGUGAGGUUUAGCACGAAACGGUGCAUCAUUACUUCGAAAACGAAUUCGGCAUUAUUAUACUAUGUAAUAACAAUUAUACAUACCACUUAUCAAUAAACGAAACCUAAUAAUCAGUAA